AUGAUAACCUUAACUGAUGUCUACCAUGUUAUGGCUGCAAUCGUCCCAUUGUACGUUGCCAUGAUCGUAGCCUAUGUUUCUCUUAAAUGGUGGAAGCUGUUUACACCAGAUCAAUGCAUCGGCAUCAACACGUUUGUGGCAAAAUUUUCGAUCCCUCUUUUGUCAUUCCAAGUGAUCUCAACAAACAAUCCCUACAAAAUGAACUUGAAACUUGCAUGUGCAGAUUUCCUUCAAAAGCUUCUUGCUUUCAUCCCACUGGCAGUAGUCGCCAAAAUAAGAUCCCGAGGAAGCCUGAGUUGGGUUAUAACUGGUGUUUCUUUGUCAACAUUGCCUAAUACAUUAGUUUUAGGAAUCCCACUGUUAAGGGCAAUGUACAAGGAUGAAGCAGUAAUGAUUCUUUCCCAGAUAGUUGUACUACAAAGCAUAAUUUGGAAUAAUCUUUUGUUAAUUCUCUAUGAGGUUGAAGCCACAAAAGAAUCCUAUGGGACAACAACAUCAGAUGGAACAGAGUUGGAGGCUCCACAAGGAGUAGAACCAAAAGAUGAAGGCAUUGAAGAUGUAAGAAUUAGAAAUCCAAGAAAAACAAAGAACUUGAUCAUUCUUUCGACAGUUGGAAGAAAGCUAAUCACCAAUCCCAAUACUUAUGCCACCUUGACAGGUCUUGUAUGGGCAAUCAUACACUUCAGGUGGGGAGUACAGUUUCCGAAAGUGGUUGAGAAUUCGAUAUCAAUAUUGGCUGAUGGAGGAUUGGGAAUGGCUAUGUUCAGCUUAGGCCUCUUCAUAGCAUCACAAGCUAGUGUGGUAGCAUGUGGAGCCCGGAAAGCAGUAUUCGCCAUGGUAAUGAAAUUUUUAGCAGGACCAGGCCUCAUGGCUGUGUCCUCAAUCACACUCAGAUUAAGAGGAACUUUACUCAAAGUGGCAAUAGUGCAGGCAGCUCUACCUCAAGGGAUAGUUCCAUUCGUAUUCGCUAAAGAAUAUAACAUACAUCCCGACAUACUCAGCACAGGGGUAGUCUUUGGUUUGCUGAUAGCUGUGCCAAUUGCAUUAGCCUACUACUUCCUGUUGGCAUUAUAA